AUGGCGAAGCGCUUCACGACUGCCUUGCUUAUGGGCGUAUCCGUCCUGGCAUAUCCUGCCGAGCUUGUUGAACGCCAAAACUCCACAUGCUCAGUCUCGGACAAUUAUCCUGCGGUCAGUGUCAGCAAGCUACCUGAUCCUUUCACGUUUGCCAGUGGGACCAAGGUGGCAUCCAAAGCAGAUUUCACUUGUCGCCAACAAGAGAUCAGCAAGAUACUCCAACAGUACGAGCUCGGUGACUUUCCCCCACCACCAGACAAGGUUGAAGCAUCCCUAUCCGGGACCACCAUGAGUGUCAAGAUCACUGUUGGAUCAAAGUCAGUCACUAUUAGUGCCGCGAUAAAAGCUCCGAGCACAAAGCCAGGCCCAGCAAUCAUUACCGUUGGAGGUGCUUCAAUUCCGAUUCCCGGUACAGUAGGCACAGUGGCUUUUGGCAACGACAACUUUGCCGCCCAGACCAGCGGCAGUUCUCGUGGCCAGGGCGCCUUUUAUACUCUUUUUGGAGCAUCUCACUCGGCUGGAGCUUUGACUGCCUGGGCUUGGGGUGUCGGUCGCAUCAUUGACGGUCUCGAACAGCUUGGAUCUGACAAGACCGGCAUUGACCCGAAGCGUCUGGGUGUGACUGGAUGCUCUCGCAACGGCAAAGGUGCAUUCGUUGUAGGCGCACUCAAUGACAGAAUCGCCUUGACACUCCCUCAGGAAUCUGGCUCAGGCGGUGCUGCAUGCUGGCGCAUCUCCGAUAGUGAGCACAGCAAAGGCAAGAAUAUUCAGACGGCUGGGGAAAUUGUCGGAGAGAAUGUUUGGUUCAGCCAGCGAUUCAACUCAUACACGAGCAAGACCAAUACCGUUCCCGAAGACCACCACAUGCUUGCUGGUCUUGUUGCACCUCGAGGACUAUUUGUCAUGGAGAACGACAUUGACUGGCUUGGUCCAGUCUCGACCACAGCUUGCAUGAAGGCCGGACGUCUAAUUUACAAAGCCUUGGGCGCACCAGAUGCAAUGGGCUUUGAUUUGACCGGAGGCCACUCUCAUUGUCAAUUCCCAUCGGCAUCUCAGGCUAGCUUGACGGGAUACAUCAAUGCAUUCCUGCUCGGCACUGGCUCUCCCCCAUCCAAUAUCGAGAAGAGUUCGGCCAGUGUGACAAUGACUGACUGGGUCGAUUGGACUCCACCAACAUUGUCGUAA